AUUGUGAAAUACUUAGUACCUAUUCUAAGUUAUUACUAUAAAAGUCGGUGAAUUCCCCGUACACUUUUAUUCUUCCAGUUUUUCCCCCGAACGCCUUUUAAUAUGGCGGUUCCCUUAUUGAUAAACAUACUCCUACAGAAAUUGUGCAUACUGUACCUAUGGCCUUGAAUAGAUUGAUAUUAUUAAUUAUAGUUUCAUAGAGGUGUACAAGUAUUCGUCUAGAUAUAUAAUUAAGAUAUAGUCGUUUUGAAUUAAAUUGUUUCAUUGUCUGUAUUGAUUUGCUUACCUAACAUAGGAUCCAUUCUGGGUGGAGGAAAGAGAGUUCACAAUAUAUGAGAGGCCGCCCUCAGGGAGUACCAUUGUACUCGGUGCAAUAGACACAUGGAGGAACCGCAUGCAGGGGUACCUGGAUGAUGUCAAGUGGCUGCUCAGUUUGGAACAUUAUAGGUUUUGGAGCACAAUCCUCUACCAUCCACAUUGCAUGGACUCCCUCGUAUCUUUCCUACAAGAGGCUAACCCACCGUAUCUACCGCCACAUGAAUGCAAGGAUGUCCAGAAGCUGUACGAGGAUAUACGGAGAACAGUGCUGGUGGUGUUCAGUAGAUUGGUUACUAAUAAGGAAAGCAAGUCACAAUGGAUGAGCAAGGAGUUCAUGGCAGAUCUCAUAUACAAUAAGUUUAUAUUCACGAUACCGAUCGUGUGGGAUUUGUGUCUGACGUACGGAGUGGACAACGGCAGGCAUGUGGGAAGGGUGCUGGAGUGUGUGUUCGGACUGCAGCCAAGGUACGAGGGCGAUGCUGUGGCUGCAGUCGCGUUUGUUAAAGAGGCCUUCAAAUACAUAAUUCUACAAGUAAACAAAAACUACGACAGUGAUGAACCCCCGAACCUUCCGGAAACCUUCAAGGGGUUCAGUGAGAUCCGCCGCCCGCCCAACACGAAGCACCCGGACAAAAUCACAUUCGAUAUACUGAGGGACCUGGUCAUACACCUGCUGGAUACCGCUAUGACCAUGAGGAUAUUUAUAGAGGUCUACCCCAAAGGUGUCGACAUAUUUAGGAAAACGAAUUUUAUUAUUAGUAUAGUCCAGCUGUACGAGUACGGCGUCCCGCUGCUGUACGAGAAACUGGAGGAGACGGGAGACCAGACCAGCGUCGUGUUCACCGAGGUGGAGGGCCACAUCGACUGCGCCCGGGCUGAGAUCAUUGAUAUAUUGAGAGAGAUACUCGCCGUCUAUAAGAAUGCUAUCUUUAGUGGAGAGGGCAGUAUAGAAAGUCACGUGGAAGACUACCUGGCGGUGAUGAUGGACGGCCUCUCGGAGCGGCUGUUCAUCAAGGACUACCAGGCGUGCUACCCCGUGCACGACGAUCUAGAGAUAGUGCGGCAAGCAUACCCUGACAUUGACACAGUAAAGACUGACUUCAUUCUGCAAGCAAUCUACUCUAAUCUCGACGAACCAAUACCAGAGUUAAGCGCCCCACCACCCCCCACCCUGACCAACGGCCAUUCUGACGACAUCCCCACCACAACCACGGCAAAUGACGCAGAAAUACCCGACAACGUCAGAGAAGAAUCCUUGAUAAGCGAGGUCAAAGAUAUUCUCCCGCAUUUAGGGGACGGAUUUAUAUUGAAGUGCUUGCAACACUACGGGUUUAACGCGGAGAGAGUUAUUAAUAGUAUAUUGGAAGAUACUUUGGCGGAUUCUUUAAGAGGUGUAGACCAAUCCCUCCCAAUAAUCCCGGAAGACCCUUGCGAUAAGAAGUUCCUAGAGACGGGCAUACAGCGUCUGAACGUGUUCGACGGAGACCAGUUCGACAUCAUGACGCGAGAUGACGUCGACCUGUCCAAGAUACACGUCGGCAAGAGGAGGUCCAAGUACAAGGACCUGAAGGACAUGCUGGACGAUAAGACUGACGUCAAACAGAGGGAGGAUAUUUAUAGCAAGUAUAACCUGGUGUGUGACGAGGUAGAUAUGUACUCGGACGAGUACGACGACACGUACGACUCGGAGGGCGUGGCGCCCGCCGCCGACACGCCCGACGAGCGCAGGCCUUUCGUCACGCCGCGCGCGCUGCGGUGCCGACAGGACACCGAGGAGGAAUCAGAAGAAGAGUCGGGAGCUGUGGAAGAAGAGAAACCGAGCAGCAGCAGGAGUAAGAUGGACUUCUGCGUGAACCCAGAGGAGUUGCGCGCGCGCAGGGAGGCCAGCUACCUCGCCAGGAGGGGCCGCGGACACAGGCCCGCGCCUGUACCCAGGAAUACGGACGUGACAGGCAAACCCAAAGGCCAGGGUCAAGAGAAAGAAGUAAUCCACAACAGAGAUAAAAAGGAGAAGCACAAGUCGGCGCGAGCCAACCACAACCGCCGCCAGGGGGCGCAGUACAAGCGCAGUCAGGGGAUGAUGCCCUCUUAACACCCUUAGGGGGCAUGGGGGCGCGAGGGAUGGGGGCUAAAGACGUCAGUUUAUGUGGCCUCUUAACAUGCCUAGGGGUUUACGGGGGCUAAAGACGCCAGUCUAACGGGGGUCUAAAAACUACGGCCAGUUUCGGAUCUUGAUACGUAUAUAGAAUUUAUUAAUUUAUAUUGUAGAGCCAGGCUCAGAAUAACGUAUGAACAUGGGUAAGACAAGAUUGGCAGAAUUAGGUAUUGAUUGAUGCCGUCUUAAAAAUCCUCAAGUUUAUUAGGGAAGGCAAAAACAUCAGUUUAAUGGGGGUCUUUAAACGUGCGCCCUCGUUUAGAAAGGAUAAUGUCCAUUGCUUACAGUCUGACUGGGAAUAUUAUACUGUAAUUAUCCGUAAUGUAUUUAUUGGCAAUUAUCUUAAAAUUAUAAACCAGUGUAUAUAUUUAUAUUUUUAUACAGUAGAAAGGCAGCGACAUUAACUUUUUAUACUUAUAAUAAAAAAGAUAAGUCGUUAGAAAAAGCUACUGUAAGCUCGCUAGAUACAAUAAACUUGGUAAUCUAAAAUCCAUAUGAAAUUUUGUAAAAAAACAUAAAAAUAUUUAAAAUAAAAAAGUUACUGAAUUAUUUCAAUUUACCAACUGGUAAAUAUCGAACGGAUACGACGAAGUAUUUUACUUCGAAUUUUCAUUUUAGGUAAUUAAUUAUUUAUUACUUUAAAUAUUUCAAUUGUAACAGCUAUGGAAUAACUAUAUUGUAUAAGGCCCGAAGCAGAUAAAAUAGAUCAUGCCGUUCAGAAAAGAAAUUAAAAAUAUGGUCGUUUUUGUAAACUUUUAACCACGUUACUUUAACUUUUGUAAUCAUGUUUGUCUCGUUAAAGUCGUAUAUAAAGUUGAUCUUGUAUUUUAUUUACGUUUGUAAUAUUAUAUUUCAAAUUAUACGUGCCAGUCACGUAGUUAUGUGUAAAGUGAGAUCAGUUUUUAAUUAUUAUCUGCCUAGAUACAACAUUUCAAUGGUAUGUUUAUCUCUGAAAAAAAAAUAUGAACUGUCAAAUUGUAAACUGAAUUAAUUGUUGUAAAACUCUUUCGAGACUUAAACGGUUUGAAUCAAAAUACAAAAUGAGUUGAUUUUUGUUUGUCUCAAAACAAUUUGUGUUAAAAUCAAAGGAUAAUCAAUGCCUGUCCAACGAUAGUCAAACGGUUUGAUGUCGAUGGCCGUUUAGAGCUAUGUCCAGUCCAUAUUACUGCCAGUAGAAAACUUUCUGUUACAUUAUAAACUAGCAGAAACAGUGCUACGUGAUAUAUAAUGAAGUCUUAACGAAAGCCCACGUGAUUCGAAUUUGUGAUUAGUGUAACAAUAUGUAAAGGUAUUGUAACUUUAACUAUGUCUAGUGUUUUGUUAUUUAUAUUCACAAUGAAGUUUUAUUUAUUA